UUAUUAGAUUUUUUUUGCAAUUUAUAUGAUUGGAUCGCAGAGUUUUGAGAACAAACAAGAAGAAAGAGCAUCGAAAGUUCAACACUAGAUUUUUAUGCUUUCUGAAUAUGCGUAAAUAUUCUUUGCAUUAACCUUCCCAUCUUCCUGUAUUUUUUCGCAGACGUGUCCGGAGUUUUGACUGGAAGUUCUCAGAUUUUUGCAAUCCCAAUGCAGAAGACAGAAGAAGCUUAGCGUAACGUUUGGGGGUUGGUGCCCAAUUUGGCAAUUUUUAGGGUUUAUGCGAAUUUUGUGAAUGGUGGGGUUGUGGGGUUGAGGGGCAUUUGGGCACGUUAUGUUGUUUUUGAAAAGGCAAGGCGGCUUGCGCUUCUUCACAAACUUAAAGCACCAAACUUUACUUCAUCGUCAUCAGUUUACAGAGGUUAUGGCUGCUCAUUUGUAUAGCCAUGGUAGCUAUAAAGGGUUUCAAGGCCGAGCUCAAUGGCCGCCAUCCCAUUUCUCCACAAACCACUCUUGCAAGUAUGCAACUUUUCCUGGGAAAAUCAGGAAUACGAGGAACACACGCCUUGGCCGCAAUUUUUUCGUAAAAGGGUGCUUCAAAUCACAGCAUCACCACCUUCAGUCUCAUAGCAGUAGCAUAAAGCGUCACAGCAAUGCCUUUGAGAAUCCCAAUGCUCAAUUGGUCCGUGAUCUUGAAUUGGACCUCCGCAGCUCUGAUGCCAUUGGAUUGGCCUCCUCUAAUGGUUGCCAGGAGCGUGGAAGCCAUACUGGAAUCCCUCCCCAUUCUUUGCCCGAUGAUAAAGUCGUCGUUGCUGUUGAUGUGGAUGAGGUGUUGGGAAACUUUGUGUCGGCUCUCAACAGGUUUAUUGCUGAUCGUUACUCCUCCCACCAUUCAGUUUCAGAGUACCAUGUCUAUGAGUUCUUCAAGAUAUGGAACUGUUCUCGUGAUGAAGCCGAUAUUCGUGUGCAUGAGUUCUUUGAAACAUCAUAUUUCAAGACCGGGAUCCACCCACUCCCAGGUGCUCAGGAGACAAUUCAUAAGUUGUCCGGAUUUUGUGACCUGUCAGUUGUGACGUCUAGACAGAAUGCAAUUAAGGACCACACAAUUCAAUGGAUUGAAAAACAUUUUCCAGGACUGUUUCAGGAGAUUCACUUUGGCAACCACUUUGCUUUAGAUGGAGAGUCUAGGCCUAAGUCAGAAAUAUGCAGGUCCUUGGGAGCAAAGGUUCUAAUUGAUGACAAUCCAAGAUAUGCGCUUGAAUGUGCUGAGGCUGGGAUCAGGGUUCUUCUUUUUGAUUAUGAGAACUCGUAUCCAUGGUGCAAGACAGAGUCAAUUAUUCAACACCCCCUGGUCACCAAGGUUCAUAACUGGGAAGCAGUGGAGAAGCACUUAAUGACGUGGAUUAUUUCAUAGAUUUUCUUACAACCUAGUACAAGAUUGACCACCAAUUUGUCAAGAUACGUUGAAUUCAUUCUAAUGCAUGGAGAGCAUCAGAUGGAUGCUAAAGAAACUAUUGUUGAUGAAGAAACUCCAUAGUCUCUAGAGACCAGCCAAAUAGGGUUGCUCGGUGAGUAGGAGAAUGAUGAGAAGUGAUCAUAUCUUCUUAUCAUUUCCCCCCCUUCUGAAAACUAGGUGUCAGAAUGCUCAAAGUCAACUGGCCUGGCUAGGGCUUGGUUUCUUUUCCUUUUCUCCUUAUUUUUCAUUUAGAAGAGAAUAAGGUAGAAGGAAAACUUGCAAGUUGUAAAUACGGAUGAUGACGAAAUGCUCAAAUAAUCCAAAAUUUUCAAACAUUGAAUA